GAGGGCGGCGUACGUGAUGUGACUGCUCGGUAUGCAGCCGAGUUCUCUCGUCCCGAUUUUCGUCGACGCCGAACCGAUCCAGAUUGGCUUGGCAGUACUUUGAUGAAUAAGGCCAUUCGAGCCAACCGUAAGAGAGCUAGACUGGAAGACGUUCACUUCAAGAAGGAGCUCGUCAAUAAACCAUUACCAACCACUUUAUCGGAAUAUAAGAACCACCCACUAUAUGUGCUGGAGAAGGAUCUUCUAAAGUUCGAGGCUAUUUACCCAAGACCAGAAGAUCAAAAACCUUUGGGUGAAGUUCGUGGUCACAAGGUUUAUCCGCGGUCUACCGUCCAUACCCUCCAGGGUGCCAAUAAUUGGAUAAAGCAGGCCAGGAGUGUGAAGGAAGGAGAGAAGCCCUACAAAGUGGUAAAAGCUCGGCCGAAUAUACGAGUUCCAGCCGAAGAGCGGGAGCAACGAUAUUUGGAUGUGUAUGGUUAUUGGCAGACUGAACCAUAUCGACCACCAAAAGUGACAGAUGGCCGAAUCCCAUGCAACGAAUUCGGCAAUGUGUAUAUGUUCCAACCAUCCAUGUGUCCCAUUGGAGCCGUUCACUUGCGCCUUUCUGGAUUGCCGUCGAUCGCUCGUCGACUGGGAGGACUUGAGUGCGUGCCCGCUGUUGUCGGAUUUGAUUUUAGUUCAGGUUCAUCGUUCCCAGUAAUAGAUGGUGCGGUUGUGUUAAAAGAAGACGCUGAGAAGUUCACCAAGGAAUGGAAAAGGCUUGAAGCUACAAGAGAAGAGCGCGAAAACAAGCGACGGGAGGAACGUGUACUUGGUAAUUGGCGAAAGCUGAUCCGUGGCAUUCUUCGCCUUCAUUAUGUCAAAACCAAAUUCGGAGCAACAAAGGAC